AUGUUACAUGGCUUGGUUGUUCUACCGGUAUUGUUCGCGUCACCGACUUUAGUCUCAUCAUCAUUGUGUUAUGUAUGUGAGAAUGAUUUUACUCUGAAUUAUACAGUAACAGCUGCUACAGUUCCAUCCUUUUCUCAAUGUCAAUUAAACAAUGCGGCCAUAUGUUGGAUAACGGUUAUGUGGAAUCGAAAUACCAAUACAUCUAGUAUUUUAGUCGAUAGUAUAGACAUUCCAUCUACUGAUGAUACUGUAGAUAAAAUCAUUACAGCUAUUGCCGAAAUGAAAAUUGCAUCUCGACAUCAAAUUCCUCAAGUGAGUUACAUGCUAAGUUUUGUUUGUCUAACGGAUAAAUGCAAUGAUGAACUGACGUUAAAACGCAUCCUUCAUUCACUGGUUAUUUCAGAGAAUUUUGCUGAAAAAUUAACUUCGCUGUUACAAAUCGUGUCUCCAUUUAUUCCACAAUCUGCUGCAUGCUAUGAGCGCAUGGAUUCGACAGAAGAUUGUCCUCGAACAGAUCCCAGUACUUGUCAACGAUGUCAAAUUUCUGUCGAUAAACAAUCUUCAUCCAGUCAACGAAUCUGUGCAUCAUGUCUUCAUCAUUCUGAUGAUACUAAUUUAUUAUCACGACAAGUGAUGUUUUCACUGAACACUCGAACACAAAUGCACAACAUGGCUAAAAUUAGUUGUCAACUGAAGACAUGUAAUUCACUGAAGAAUAUCGAGCGAGUCUAUACAGAAAGCAAGAUUCAAUUUGAUUUAGAAGCGUUUUUCUCAACAUCAUCAGACGAUUCUAUAUAA